CCACCGCGUAGUCCAUGUCAAAUGCCAGACAAAUGCCUAUCCUCAGUCCUUAUCCUCUCCAUCCUCGCCUCACUCUCCCCGUUGUGACUGCCCAGACGCGGGCACCCGCGACCUCAAAAGCGCAAAUGACAGAACCAUAUGAGUUGACAGGCUUAGAGGAGGAGAGUGGGUGGGCGUGUGAGUGUAAGUUGUAGGUGUUGUGUGUGGAAGAAACCAACAGAGUCCACGCAGGUGUCCAUCGGCCAGAAAUUCCAAUCACUCCCGCCUAAAAGAGCGAGGAGCAGCUCCCCAUUGCACCCUCGCAGACAGUAUUUAAGACUGUGCAGCUCUGAGGGAGCAAGGCUCCACGUGGGACCCGUGCCCAGGGGCGCCCCGCCCCCCAAUGGUACCGUGCACCCCGGCCCCGGCACAGUGGUUGGGUCCAGCUGCAACGUCACCCAUUGUUUACAAAUCAACCGAGCCGGUAGGAUUCCGGCUAUUACUGCUGCAGCGCGCGGCACAAGUGCCUGGCGGUCUCAGGCUUCCGUGUCUGCCCCAGCCCCAGCCCCGGCGCCAGCCCCAGCCCAGCCCUGGCCUCCGCUCCGCACCCCGCUCCGCACCCCGCUCCGUCGCGGCCCACAGAACUGCCAGCAACGCCCGCGAAGCUUCCAGUGCCCAGGCUGGGGGACAUGCCGUGCCGAAGGGAGGAAGAAGAGGAAGCCGGCGAGGAAGCGGAGGCGGACGAAGAGGAGGAGGAAGGCAGUUUCCUCCUGCUCGAGCAGUCUACGAAGCUGGGCAGCUCGAGCGAGGUGGACCAGCUGGUGACCCAGAUCGGCGAGUCGCUGCAGCUGAACGCAGCGCAGGACAGCCCUGCCACCCUGUGCAUGUCCCCGGGGCCGCCGUUGCCGCCCCCGGCGGCAGUGUGGGCAGACAAGGCCGGGCCCCCCGGUCUGCCGCUGCUUCUCCCGCCUGCGCCGGCGGAGGCGGUGGGCACAGCACCCCCGGGGGCCCUCCGCUGCGCCCUCGGGGACCGCGGCCGCGUGAGAGGCCGUGCUGCGCCGUAUUUCGUGACAGAGCUCGCUGCAGGUCACAGCACCCUGUCCCCAUUGCCCCCUCAGUCCAGCCUACAUGGGCCUUCAGGAGACGACAAGCGAGGUGCCCCAAAGCAGCUGUCCGGGCCGUGCCGACGGGGAUGGCUGCGGGGGGCCGCCGCCGCCCGCCGCCUGCAGCACCGACGUGGGCUCCGGACGGAAGUCCACGGCGUUGAGGACGACGACGACGACCCGCAUCGGCUCCUACAGCAGCUGGUGCUCUCGGGGAACCUCAUCAAGGAGGCCGUGCGGAGGCUAAAAUCGCCACGGCCGCAGCCACACCGAGGUGUUCCCCAACGCCCGCUCCCGACGCCUCCCACGGCCGCAGCCCAGGAGACUGCGUCGCCCCCCAGCCCUCGCGCCGUCUGCAGCGACCCCGGAGGAAGCGCGCCGCUCAGAACUGGCGACGGCGUUCCUGUGCCGGGCAGCUAAUGCCCCAGGAGUGUUCGCUGCGCCAGCCUGCGCCGGGAGGACCAGGGGAUUCUCCAGAGGGCUGCAUCUUUACUCAGACUGAUGAACUCACACUUCCGAAGCGGGAAAAUAAGCUAAGGACAAGGAAUCGAAACAUUGCCGAUGUUUUCGCGGGGAACUGAGGUCAAGGGCCCUGAUGUUGAAAAACAGGACUCAGUUGGCCCUAUGUAAGGCAUAUUACAGAGCGCACCCCCAGCUCACAGUCAAUAGGACUCCUUAUUUGGCGUGACCAUUCUCGGAGGCACCCCGCAGCCUCCCCGGGCCUCCAGCCCGGCGACCAUGUGGCCACAGUUCGUGCUUCUCGGGAUCGCCAUGCUCCCUAAGGACGAGGAUGAGCCCAGUUACUUGUUUUACGUUUUCAGGGUUGGUUCCUGACUCACUUUGGGGGGAGGGGAACAUGAGUAGAUGAUCAUUUCAGGGAGUACCUCAAACUACCACUCUUGAAAAUUUACAACACUUAAAAAAAAAACUAUUUUGUGUCUUUUGGGGUGCUGAUUCUUAAAACCCACGGUACCAUGAAAGGACCUUUUCUCUGUCCCUGCUUUGUAACUGGCUGCGGUUCCCCCAGUGGAGGGGAAAGCCGCGGUGUGUCUAGGGUGGGGAUGGAGGUGGGCGGUGCAGUGCUGGAGUCUCCUGAGGACAAGCACACAGCCACCCGCCGCGGUGCAGGGAGGCGGGGGUGUGCUGGGCGCCGGCACCUCCAGCGGCCGCCGCACUCUGGGCUUUCAUGGAAACAGUCCAAAGACGUGGCCUCGGGUCCCUCCUCUCCCCCUCAGCUCUGCUGUUUUACCCAAGAGGGUGGUGCUGGUGCUCCUGGGGGCCCUGUCGGGGGGCUGGGGAGACGCCACGUGACGGGCACUCCAGGGACACCCAGCCUCACACAGCAGCUUAUAAUGGGCUCUCCAGGGCCAUUUGCAAUAACAGCUGCAAUUCCCCGGGUAGACGGAGUUGAUUUCCUCCCUCUGCCCCUCCCCCAGCCAUGCCAGCUCGCCUUUGUAAGUGAAGGAAACCGAGUAGAAAAUGUGACCCUCCAAAUGGAGAAGCUGCACACUUUGCCAUUGUAAACCGUGGUGAAGUUCGUAACAUACUGUUCACUCACUCUGAGGGACUGAAAACCGGUUAGUUGGUGUUUUAGUUUUAUAAGAUUCAAUGGCCUGUUCAUCAUCCAGAUGUGGCUAUUGACAUAUCUACACUUCGUGCUGGAGUGUCUGGAAUUGCAGCCAUCCUGAUAAUAGGAUUUUAACUUAACUAAAAUAUCUGUUUUCAAUAAAUGUGUUAUGUUUCUUGUUUGCUUU